GUGUGCCGUGACCAUGGCAACAGACGCCACGGAAACUAAGCAUGACAUGCAUUUAGAGGUAACCGAAUCCAAAGGCCAAGAGAGAAGGCGACAGGGCAAAUUCCAGCCCUUCAGAAGACUGUUUGGGAAGAAGAAGAAGCGUGAGACGAAAGUGGGCUUUGAUGGAGCAGAGCUAAAGGCGAGUUUUUCUACUGGGGAAGUGUGCAAUGGAGUUGUAUCUGACAAUGAGGAGCCCAAUCAAAAUCUGAGAGAGUUCAGUCCCAUCGGAUCUCGAGCUCUCUCACACGACAGUAUCUUUAUUCCGGAGGAGCCGGCAACGGAGCCCAGUCCAGAUCACACGAUGUCCCAGGAAAACGUGUCUGAUAAAGUUAGGAAUCUGCAGAGGCAGAUAGCACAAGGUAUAAAGUUCGGCCAGAAGCCUCCCUCUCUGAGGAGAAGUGAGGGAGAUGAGGGUAGUUCAGACGAGGAAGAGGUUCCCCGGAGCCCUCUGAAGGUGAUGGCGCAGGUAGAAGUCGAGCCAGCAAAAACAGAGCCAAAGCAGGUCCAGGAGACCCAACAAGCAGGACUGCACACCACCCCAAUGAAGUCCUUGAGGUCCAAACGAGUUCUUCCACCUACUGGUACGAUCGAGUCUAUCAACCUGGAUGCUGUCCCGCAGUCUGUUCCUCGCUUAGACAACACUGCCGCCAAGCAUAAAUUGUCUGUCAAACCGAAAAAUCAGAGGGUUUCCCGCAAGCACCGGCGGUUUACACAGGAUCUCCAAGAGGUAUCUAUUCCUGGUGUGCUGCUAGAGGAUCUUGAGGCAGCAGGCGUCUCCACAGACGAUCGGCACAGGACAUCUGUUGAAUGGGUUGAGUCCCUUGAAAGCUUGAAGAAACAGAGACUCCAUGAGGAGGAAAUACAAGAAACAAAGAGGAAGCUGGAGGAACAGAGGUUCAGACAGGAGGAAGAGGAGAGAAGGAAGAGGGCAGAGGAGCUGAGGUUGCGUGAACUGGAGGAGGAGAGGUGUCGUAAACAGCAGGAGGAGGAGCGCAUCCGUAAAGAGGAGGAAGAAAGAAGGAUUCGGGAGGAGGCAGAGAGAAGGAGCAGGGAGGAAGAGGAGAGAAGGAUCAGGGAAGAGGAAGAAAGGAGGCGGCGAGAGGAGGAAGAGCAGAUGUGGAAAGAGGAAGAGGAAAAGAGGAUGCGAGAAGAGCAGGAGCGCCGACAGCGGGAGGAGGAGGAGGAGGAGGAGAUGAGACGACUGGAAGAGCAGAGGAGAAAAGAUGAGGAGAGAAAGAAGCGGGAGGAGGAGGAAGAGGAAGCGAGAAGGCAGGAGGAGCUUGAGGCUGAGCGUCUACGUUUGGAGAGGCUAAGAGAGGAAGAGGAAAGGAAGGAAAAGGAGGAAGCAGAAAAGCAGAGGUUGCAAGAGAUUGAAGAAAAGAAAAAAAUGGAAGCAGAGGAGAGAAUGAGAAAGGAGGAAGAAGAGGAGCAAAAGAGGCUGUCUUUAGAGAAUCCGGAUGGCAGCUCAGAUCCACAGGAGAGGCAGAGGAGAGCUGAGGAGCUGCGCUGGAGAGAGAUGGAGGAGAGACAGAGGCCUUUCUCUUUCAAAGUUUCCUCUGGAGAAAACCAGAUUUUGUUCCAGAAGGUCAACCUGACACCUGUUACGCCGACCUCCAGCCACCAGAACGGUGCUGUAGCUGAUCAGAGGGAAGGCGCUAAGGCCUCCUCCUCUGAAGGACCAGACUCCCCCAACCUGCCAACAUCUCCAUAUGUCCCCCACACAGCCAUCCUGGUGACAGGUGCCCAGCUCUGUGGGACAGCUGUCAAUUUGGACCAGAUCAAAGAUACCGCUUGCAAGUCUCUGCUGGGUCUGGGAGAGGAUAAAAAGGCCCAGGGAACACCGCCAACCAAGAGCAAGACUUCACCAGACCGCAAGUCUGGCAAAACCAAAUCACUCAAUGAGUCCUCGCUCUCUACAGACCAGUCCAGUGCUGCCGUCCUGGCAGAGUGGGCUAGUAUCAGAUCGAAGAUAUUCAAGGGAGUAGAGGAGGGGAAGUAUGACGAGUACCCAGAACCGAGCAGAAGCCAGCCUCAGCCCAGCAGUGAAGAACAGCCUCCGUUUUCCCACACGAACCUCAGGAAGACAAUGUCAGCCAACGCCAAGUUCUCCAUCACCCCUGCAAAGAAGAAGUUUGGAGAUUCAAACAGAAACUCUGAGGUGUUCACUGCAGAUGACAAAGAAGCAGGAGAGGAAGCUCCUCCGUCUGAUAGCCCCACCGCAUCCUCGCCAGCUCCAACCAGUAAACCUCAAAACAGGACGAGUAAAACUGUCCGCAUCGUAGAAAGAGGGUCAGAGGAGUGUAUGUUUGCCAAAGACCUCCCUUCCUUCCUAGUUCCCAGCCCUGGAGCCAAACCCGAGGGGCCAGAGAUGAAGAGCAGAGGUCACAGUGAGACAGAGGUGUCUGAAAGCAGAGAGGAGGGAGAGGAGCAGGGCCCAGGAAGUGAGGAUAAGCCCUCACCUUUUGGCAUUAAGCUGAGGAGGACCAACUACUCCCUCCGCUUUCACAAUGAACAGUCCACAGAGAAAAGGAAGAAACGCUACAGUGCAGGGGACAGCUUUGAUGGUGUCCCUUCACCUCUCACCCCCAUGGAGCCAGACUCUGAUGCUUCCUCUGUCUUUUCUGACAAAUCAAGUCCUGCAUCGCCUCAGAAAGACGGUGUGGUCGGCAAGUACAUACAUGCAUCUGCCUCCCCCGCCAUCCCUCGGGCUAAAUCAGGCAAGUCUGCCAGCCCGACUGCACACAGUGAAGGUGAGAAGGUGCUUUCAAAGCCACCGCUCUACCGAAGACCAACCACAUCACCCAAACCUACUGGAGCAGUUCCGACACCUCCCCCAUCGCCGUUACCUAAAGUGGUUCAUGGCACUCCCAGUGAUGCCAUUCACUCAGUUCAGAGAACUGGGGGCGCAGAUUCCCCCAGCCAGGAGCAGACGAACAGGAGUGAGGAACCAUCAGCAGUGGCCCAGUUGCAGAGGAGCAGCCAUGGCCAGAUCCAAGGGGAAGAGGAGCCGAAAGAGAAGAGAUCCUUCUUCCCCUCCAUUAACAUCCCCUGGAGAGAGAAGGUGGACAGAAAGACAGAUAUCAUCAAGAGAGAAAAACCGUCACUACAGAGCAGGCACUCACUGGACAGCACAAAGGUUCAGGAGAAGGAAGCUGGGCCGUUAUGGAUCACACUGGCACUGCAGAAGCAGAAGGGCUUCAGGGAGCAGCAGCAGAACCGAGAGGACCGCCGUAGCCACAGAGAGGCCAAACUGGCAGAAAAACAAGCAAAAGAGAGAGACAGCGUUAGCCCCACAGAAAGCAAAGGAAGUGGGAGCACCAGUCCCAGUUCUAAACCUCAGACACCAGAGGAACCCAAGAGACCCGACAGCCUCCUGGGACGAUUUGAGCGCCGAGAACACCUGAAAAAAGCCAACACUUUACCCAGCUCUGUCACUGUUGAAAUUGCAGACUCUACACCAUCGCCACCUGCUGUCAAGGAAGUGUCAAAGCGCUUCCCCUCCAGUGACUCUCCGCAGGUGUCUACAGAGCCAGCCUGGCUGGCCUUGGCCAAACGAAAGGCCAAAGCCUGGAGCGACUGUCCUCAGAUCAUCAAAUAA